AUGAACAAAUCCAUUCUUUAAAUAUCUAAAAAUGGAAGAAAUUAGAAAUUAUAAACAAUUUAAAAAAAAAUUCAUUAUUAUAGCUAAUAUUGUUCCCUGAUUAAGUCAUCGGUAGAGUCAAAAUAUUUUUUUAAACACAAAUGGAUCAAAAUUUAUGAAUUAUUGAAGAAUAAAUAAUAUGAUUGGAAAGUGAUUGCAGAGUUAAGAUAAAAAAUGAAUUAUUUCAAAAAAUGGAAGUUGAAUUAUAAUAUUUUUGAAAUAAGUACAGAAUUUAUGAAACAGAUAAAAUUUUAAUAAAGUAAAAAAUUUUAAUAUUUUCAAAGGUAAUGACAUAGUAAUAAAAAGAAGACCUACAGAGAAAUUUAAACCUUGUGAUUAUUCACAGUUAAGAAAUAAUUAAAAAUUUGAAGAUUCAACUGCAGGAAAUAAAUUGUAAUAAAUUUUGAUUGCAUAUUCAAUAGUUAUUAAUAGCUUAACAUUAGUAUUGAAAAAAGUUAUACAUAUGGCUUGGAAUUUUUAUAAUAAGUUGAUAAAAGAACUGGAUAUGACUCUUUUUACAAAGGUUAUACUUAAAUUUAAAUAAUAGGGAUUGAAUUAUUGAAUAUGGGAAGAUAAAUAGAGGCUAUUGAAAAAUUUGAAGAAGCAAUUAAAGUUUAUCCUAAUAAUUCUUUGUUUUAUGAAAGAAAGGGUUUACCAAUAAAUUUAUAAUUAGGUUUUGCUUUAUUGGAGAUGCAAGAUCUGGAAGGAGCUCAAAAAUAAUUUGAUAUUGCAAUUUCUCUUAACCCUAACUAUUCAAAUCACUAUAGCAAUAAAGGUUUAAUAUGUUGAAUCAUUCAAAAUAGCAAAUGUUUUACUUAUGAAGAACAAUAUUGAAGAAGCAAUAAAAUUAUAUGAUAUUUCUAUUUAAAAAGGCAAAUGUGAUUCACUUUGUUAUAGCAAUAAAGGUAUAGCACUAAAUAAACAUGUAGGUGUUGCCUUAUUCUUCAGAAAUCGAUUGGAAGAAGCUAUAGAAUGUUUUGAUUAGGCUAUCAAUGUUGGUUUAAAAGAAUAUGAAAAAUUAGAGAAAUAAGGUAAAACUUAAUUUAAUUUUUUAGCUUAAUUUUUACAUUAAAAUGAACAAUUAGGAUUGGCUGAGUUUGUUAACUAAUUAGCUAAAUAAAAGUUUAAAUCUGAUCUUAAUACUACUUAUAAUUUUAAAGGUUGAAUUUAUUUUUAAUCAGGACUGGCAUUAAUGAUGAUGGGUUAAUCUUAAAAAGCCUUAGAAAAUAUCAAUAUAGCUUUAUAGCUGUCUCUAAAUAAUCCAUUAAAUCAUCUACAUAGAGGUUUAUUAUAAAACUAAUUUAAGCAUAAUUGUUAAUAUUUUAGGGCUGCUAUUAAUAAGCUUUAGAAUCAAUAGAUUCUGGGAUAGAAAUAAAUCCAGAAAAUUCAGAUUAUUAUAAUAUUAAAUGUUAAAUGUCUUACUAAUAUUAUAGCAAUGGUUUUAUUAUUUCUAGGUUAAAAAGAAGGAGCUCUAAAAAAUAUGGAAAUAGCCAUCCAAAAAAACCCUGAAAGAUUUGAAUUUUUCACUGCUAAAGGCGAGUUAUUUUU